GGUGACCGCCUAACUCGAAUGAAUCAAGCAGCAAAAUCUUUCCUGCUGCAAGCUAUUGAAAAUGGAACCUGGGUGGGGAUGGUGCACUUUGAUAGUAAUGCCUACAUUAUAAAUGAACUCAUCCAAAUAAUAAGCACCAACGAAAGAAAUAUGCUCUUGAACAGCUUGCCUACAAAUGCUGAUUGGGGAACUUCCAUCUGCGCUGGAAUUGAUGCAGCAUUUCAGAUAAUAAGAAAAAGAUACUCCCAACUAGAUGGAUCUGAAAUAGUGCUGCUGACUGAUGGGGAGGAUAGCACUGCAAAAAAUUGUCUUGAUAAAGUAAGAGAAAGUGGGGCCAUUAUUCACUUCAUUGCUUUGGGACCAUCUGCUGAUCUUGCAGUCAGAGAGAUGAGCAAUGUAACAGGAGGAAUACAUUUCCUUGCUUCAGAUGAAGCCCAGAACAAUGGCCUCAUUGAUGCUUUUGGGGCUCUUACAUCAGGAAAUGCUGAUAUUUCCCAGAAGUCUAUUCAGAUUGAAAGUAAGGGAUUAACACUCAGUGAUAAUCUCUGGAUGAAUGGAACUGUAAUAAUUGAUAGCACUGUGGGAAAGGACACAUUCUUUCUCAUCACAUGGUUAAAACAGCAGCCCAUUAUUUCUCUCUUGGAUCCCAAUGGAACACCAAUGAAAAAUUCCACAGUGGAUGCUGCUUCCAAAAUGGCCUAUUUCAGUAUUCCAGGAACUGCAAAGGUGGGUGUUUGGACUUACAGUCUUCAAGCCAAAGCAGACUCAGAAACAUUAACUAUAACAGUUAAUUCUCGAGCAGCAAAUUCUUCUGUGGCCCCAAUCACAGUGAAUGCUAAAAUGAAUAAAGACACAAACAGCUUCCCCAGCCCAAUGAUUGUUUACGCAGAAGUUCUACAAGGGUAUAUACCCAUUCUUGGAGCCAAUGUGACUGCAUUCAUUGAAUCAAGUAGUGGAAAAACAGAAGUUUUGGAACUUUUUGAUAAUGGUGCAGGUGCUGACACUUUCAAGGAUGAUGGGGUCUACUCCAGAUAUUUUACAGCUUAUUCAGAAAACGGCAGAUAUAGUUUAAAAGUACGAGCUCAUGCAGGAGCAAACACUGCCGCACGAAAUUUAAGGCAUCCACCAAACAGAGCUGCAUAUAUACCAGGCUGGGUAGUGGAUG